AUGAAGGCGUUUAUGAAAAAAAUAACAAAUGAAAACGGAACGGAGGAAUGGGUCCUUUGUUCCGCAAAACAGAAGUUUGAAGGAAAGAUGCCGUACAAUGCCUUUUUUUGCAAGAAGCUGAAGGAAAUUUUUGGAGAUAAAUUUACAAGAAACCAAUCUUUUAGGAACGCGUCAGGAACCUCAACUGAUCAAUUGGCUUAUUGGAAUUGUAUUCAUAAAAAAAGAAUUUCGGUAAGUGAUGCUAACUUGUAA